UCCCUCGGGAAAUCAUCCGAGCGUUAAAAAAAUUAAUAAUAUCAUGAAAAAUAAUCCGCUGACAUUACAUUGUCCAUGGCAAACCAUGGAGGAAUAUAAAAGGGGGCGUGAGUCUGGUUGGUUGUAUCGGCAUUCGCAGCCAUAACGUACGAGGCAUGAACCACUGUGGGCAAUACGAAUGUACUUUUAAGACUCCCUAACGUAUUCCCCACCCGUGAAGAGAUGCAAUUACUCGAGCGUGAAAUCAAUUACCUUUCUUCCUACCAUCUCACACGGGCCGUUUAACCUUGUCUUACACUACUUGCGGCUUCCCCACAGUGUCGUUAAACAUGAGUGCUUAUAUAUACCAUCUCCAACAUAUUUACUCCGCUCUCCUCCUCAGCGUCCGGGAGAAACAACAAAAUAAUCCAUUACCCAGUGCCACAAACGCCAUUCCAACAUUUUCAUUUUCAAGUCAAUUUAUUUAUUUUUUCAUAAAAACCGAUAGCUAAAACCACACGCGGAAAAUAAUUAAUCGAUCAUUAACUACUUGUCUGUCCAAACUGUUCCCACUCCCCUUGUUCGAAAUUUCCGGAGAAAAAAAAAUGAGAAAAUUGAAAUGAAAAAUAAUCAGCUCGAGGGGAGGAGCGUUCGUCGGCCUCUGGAGGCUCCACCCCUCGAGUCGCAUCCGUAAUACCCUCUCAGGAUGGUCGAGGCAGUGAAACCAGCCCCGACGAACCACCAACACACUCGCGCCGGUCCUCUCCCCGUGGAAAACCGGGCGGUGUUCGCCGUGUGGUAUCGGCGGCGAUUGGCCGUUCCCCAACUCCCACCGAUGUUUAUCUCGACUCAACUCCGCACCGGUAUCCACCAAUCCCCGACGAUCCGGACAACCUCCAGCGGGACGAGCUCAGCGGGGAGUUGCGCGCUGGCGGGGGUGUGGGGAUGCUCGGGCUGGCAGUGCGCCAAAAGCUCCCGAACGUGAGAGCUCGACUCGUCGAGUCGGAAAAAAACAUUUCACUCAGCUCUCCUCCUGGGAGGCCAGUUCACCGGGUUAUUGAAGUGCAUCGCAGUGUCGAGUGCUAAUUAAGUGAAUUAAUCGUCGAUAAUUGAAUAAAUGACGAUAAUUUUGUGUGAAUCGGUGAGAGUGACAUUUACCGGACCAAAAAUUUGUUGAAAAACGAAGUUGAGGUUUGAUUGAAUGAGGAAAUCGAGGAUUCGUCACUGACGGAAUGGAUUUGACGUUGUUUAUUGUAUCGUGAACGAUAUCGGUUGUUUGGGAAAUCGAUCGAGUGAGAGAUAUCGAGUUACAAUGCCUCGACCGUCGCGAGAUACUUAUGGAGAUCAGAAACCGCCCUAUUCUUAUAUAUCUCUUACGGCGAUGGCGAUUUGGUCGUCGAGAGAUAAAAUGCUGCCAUUGGCGGAAAUUUAUAAAUUUAUUGCUGAUCGAUUUCCGUAUUAUCGGAAAGAUACCCGGAGAUGGCAGAAUUCAUUGCGGCAUAAUUUGUCGUUCAACGAUUGCUUCAUCAAGGUGCCGAGAGGUCCCCACCGUCCCGGAAAGGGUGCCUACUGGGCGCUGCACCCAGCGGCGCUGUCGAUGUUUGAAAACGGUUCGCUGUUGCGACGUCGUAAGCGUUUCAAGCUCCACAAACCGGACAAGGAGCUCCUAAAAUCGGAGCUUCAGGCGCUGGCCUCGUCGAUGCCCCCGCCGCACUCGGAGCCGUCAGGCGUCGCAUCCCCAGUGACAACGUCAACCGGAAGUCUGAACGCAGCGAAUCUCCACCGACUCCGCGAGGACCUCCUGCGCUGGGAGAUGCAGGAGAGGCGGAUGAUGGUGGCAACGACAUCGGCAUCAACUGGAUUCGGCCUGGAAGCUGCUCAGGAGGCUCCAUCGAGUUACUAUCUCCUCUCCGCGGAGGCAAGACAGCGUCUAACAAGCGGAGUAAUACCGGACCCGAGCGAGGUAAAUCGCCCGUACGACACGUCCCUCCUUCCGAACGGCAGCUGGUCCUUCUCCAAUUUCAACGGCACCUACAUGACCCACCUUCCCGCCUAUCUCCAGUCCUCCAGGCAGUCCCUCCUGUCGUCCGAGAUGUCGGACAGUCGCGCCAUUUGCAGCCGAAUUUCCUCGAUCGAGGGCAACACCUCCACCGUUGGCUCGCGCGAUGCCUACGACAUUUAUCGGGACCGGCUCUACGACGAGGAGCACUCGCCGACAUUACCCUCCAAAGUGUACAGACCACCCGACAUUAUAUUCGGCUCCAGCUCAUCACCCAGAUUAUCACCGAGUUAUGCCGACGGUACUGAUGUCGCUGGAAUUGAUCAGAGGACACCCACCAGAACGUCACCCAGUCUCGAGGCCACUGUUUUACCUCUUCCCCAUCAAACGAACAGUCAUAAAAAAGCCAAAAAACCAUUCACUAUCGAAAAUAUUAUUGCACCUGAUGAUGAUGAGCACAGGAGUAGUGAGACCGCUCUGUUGAUACCGAGACCUCUCUACGCCGGCUACUCGAUGACUGCCUCCAGACCUUACGAGACUGCAACCUGAGGAGGACUUCCUCGAACAGCUGCAGUCAAUCCAAUUUUCCUGGUCAGGAGAAAAUUAAAUGAAAAAUAUUCUAAAUAUUAAAGUUGAUAGGGGACUUUCCCGCGAAUAUGACCGUCAUUUUUACUGAGUAUUUCGGUGGGUAACACUGACGGCUUCAAACACAUCUACGAUUAAUGGUGUUUCUGUAGAGGGAGACACGAAAAUAUUGUUCGUGAUGACUGGGGGUGAGUGAAACGAGGGGUUUUCGACUUGUUGGAGUGUUUUGACGGGGACUUAGGCUCAUGGUAUAGUCUAACGUCAGAGUAGUGGCUUCAACGGGAAAGUUUGAAAGCAAAUGAAAAAAAAAAAAGGAAUGUAUAUCGGUGCAAUGUAGGAAAGCGUAGGUUUGAGUAAUCUGUAUCCCAGUGAUAAUACCAUUAUUUCAAUUGUAAUGUCGAUAUCAUUUCGACGAAUGUAUUCGGUUCUUAUCGCUCUUCACCGGAAUCCUAAAUUAUGACCUGCGUCGUGUGGAUGGGGUGGAGAGGAUGUGAGUAAUAGAAACAGAAAAAGUAUUUGUAAAUGUACUAAGAUUAUACGUGGAUUAAUAAAUUAUUGUAAAUAUACAGAUACAAAAUUUGGAUUUU